CAAGUUCUGCUCGGAUGACAUCAUGUCCUCGUGAUGACGCAACGUUAACCCCCUCGCUCCACGACGCUCUCUCGACUCCAUUCCGCGACUUACUUCGCUCUCUCCGCCUCUCCUUCCUCCUCCUCAUCGUCUUUUAACUCUAAAACUUCCCUAGAGAACACAGAGGAGGCGCGGAGGAAAGUUAAAGGGUCUGUCCCAUCAUGAAAUAGCAACUUUCUUCUUCUCGUGUAAUUCGCCGCGUCACGUCUUCUCGGCGGUUUUUUUAACCCGUGCAGCGGACGAACUUUUUUUUCCCGUUUCUCUCGUUUUAAUGUAAAGCGCAAUGAGGAGCCCGUGCGUGCCUGCGGUGUUUUUAAGUAAACCUCUUUUAACUCUGAACGGGAUUUGACGAGGCGCGCAAAGAACGUGUCCAUCUCUGGUCCUUAAACUGCCUUCUCUGGCAAUGAGCAGAAGUGCUUCCUGUUUAGCAGAGAGAUGCUCUCCAUCACCCGUGGCCGUGCUCCUCACGUACCUGCUCCUGCAGGUGAAUGACGUCAUGCCCAGAACGCUCUCCUCAAAGUAAGGAGUUCCUCUUGAGCCUCUUGAGACCCUCUCCAGACGUUCCUCCCCGUGGCCCUGACUCAGCACGCACGCUUUAUGGACUGGUCUGCGCUGCGCUGUAGAGAACCGUAUUUUUUACCUUGUAUUUUCGAACCGCCGUCGGUAUGCACAAGCUGAGGGGAGGCCCUGGCCCUCCCGUCCAGGACAUAUAUGAAUUCUCUCUGGACGAAGAGGACCCUAAAGUGUUCCUCGGGGCCAGGAGCGCGAGGGUGGUGUCUCCCGCGGACGACUACAUCAGGUCCGAGCACGAGCAAGCGGGCCUGUUCUCUCUGCCGCAGGUGGAGGCGGACCGGGAGCCGCCGGAGGCCGUGGCGCCUCUUAAGAAGAAGAGAAAGAGAUGCGGCGUCUGUGGGCCUUGCAUGAAGAAGGAGAACUGCGGCACCUGCAGCAACUGCCUAAACCGGAAGAUCGGACACCAGAUCUGCAAACUGAGAAAGUGUGACGAGCUGAAGAGGAGGAAGAGCCCAUGGGAGGUGGAGUAUUUUGAAGACGUAAAAACCCCCCGGUCCGUAAUCUCAAACCUGGCUAAAGAGACUGUUUCUGUGGUGGGUUCAGUGGAUGGCCCCAGAGGAAGAGGCCAGAUGGAAAUUGGGUCCCAUGACCGCCUGGAUGAAGGCGUGUUAAACCAGGAGCUGUCUAAUGGGCUCAGCAAACAUGCCGCAAAUGAAGAAAAUAUCUGUGAUGAAGAAGUGAGAAGCGUGGGCAGGGAGCAACACCAGCACAACUACCACGAGGGAGCUGGAUGUAUUUCCCAGACACCAGGUUGGGUCCCUGAGCAUGCUGGGAAGUCGAAUUCUGAAUCUCAACAGGGUGCUUGGAGUGGCCAGAAUGCCAGUACACCAGUGAAUGAUGUGGAUAUGGAGGAUGCACGAACCCUGGUGGCCUUUUCUGCUACCGUUGGCUCACUGCCGCCUUUUACCAACCGUCAACCUUGUCAGACACCUACAGCUCAGCUGUAUGAAAGGUUCAACCAGGAAAUGUCUAACGGAGGUGAGGAGGGCAGGCAGAAGGGUGUGGAUGGUGAGAUGUACCCCCCUGAAGAUCUAAACACUCUUCAGGCAGCACUGAGCAAGGCCCGUCAUGGCCACAAGCCACCUAACUGUGAUUGCGAUGGCCCAGACUGCCCUGACUACCUGGAGUGGCUGGAGAAGCAGAUCAAAAUAGUGGUUAACUCCAAGGAUAAAGGUUCCUGUAAGAUUCCAGGUGCUCUUCCACAGCCGCAUGCACAGCACCGCCAUGCCCAAUCCCAGCCUCAACAAUGUGGAGGUAACCCCUCGUGUGUGCAAGAUACAAAUCCACAUCCCCUUGUUAACCAACCUUCUGCUCCUAGACCCUUUGGCCCACCAGCACCUAUUCCCUGCUCCCCGAGUGUUCUGUCCAUAGCCAAGGAAAGAAAUGUUAGCUUGCAAACAGCAAUUGCAAUUGAGGCUCUAACACAGUUGUCUGCCACUGACCCACAAACUGUUGUUCCUCCAGGCGCAUCUUCACCUGCAAAUCACCAUCAGCAUCUGCCAACCUCCUACCCGCAGAGUAUGCCACAAGUGGUCUCUUCAUCACCUGGUCCUCUUUUGUCUUCUUCUGCUAUGCCACAGUCCAUCCCUCUGGGACAUUAUCCUCAAAAGGAGCUGCCAUGGGAUCAGCAGAGACCUCAGUCUCAGGGUGAGGCCCCUGCAUCGAGCGUUUUGUCUAGCCCAUCUCACUAUGCUUCCACAUACCCAUCCGCCAAGUCCCCAUUUGCAAGCGUACACCCCUCGACCCCCAGUCCCCGACCCCAGCAGUGGAACCAAGGCGUAGCUGGAAGCUGCGAGAAAAGCUCUCCCCGGAACCCAUGGAUGAUGGUGAACACUGAUUCCCAGCAUCGUUUUGUGAACCCAUCCCAAGGCGGUAGCGAUCCAGUGUCCGAGCUAAAGCAGCUCCUCGGAGACACCGGUGCAAAGUAUACCAACUCAGCCUUCAAGUUCCCACUCCCUCACCCUAGCUUGCAGGACGGUCGCAGGGCCAGCCUUACUCACAUCAAGCAGGAGGUGGAUGCAAAGGAGUACCUGGGCUCAGGGUGCGCAGUCAUGGGCCAGGAAGGGUUGGUAAAUGGCCAGCAGCAGUUCCAGGGUCAGCAGUUUUCCCCCACCAUUAGGCACUCAACUCAGGCAGCACUACAGCAGCACCUUCAUCAUAAACGUAACCUCUUCUCUAAUCCCCCCGGCUUCAAUCCGUUAGCCCCCAUGGCUUGCCAGAACCUUCGUAAGUGGUGGCCGCAGACUAUGCCAGAGGGUCCUGUAACCAUCAAACAGGAGCACAAAGAACCCAAAAAGAAAAAGAGCGCUCAGAGUUCUCCUCUUCUCAAGCAGCCAAUGGGUGGGCUUUUUGGUCCACUGGGCACACCUCUUCCAAAACCCAAACAGAUUGUUAUCAAAAAGCAUAAACAGAAAGCUUCUCAACCAUCUUUCCUCCCACAGAACCAGAUUAUAGUAUCGAAAACUCCCCUCAUUUCCCCAGGAUGUGCACCAUCCCUAUCUCAGCUUGCUCCAUCUCUACUAGGCAUGGAAGCUGGGCUUCCCCCCUCUCAGGUGGCUGAGAGCCACCCAGCUCCAGCUCAAUCUCAGGAAUCCAUUUUGAAUAGCAGUAGUGCACCUAUCUCUGAAAACGCUCUUUCUUCUUUUACCCCUGUGUCAGUCCCAGCACCACCCACCCAGAAAGUGACAGAUUGCUCAGGCCCAGCUGGGUUAAAUGAUAGCAUCCCAACAACCAGUAUCACACCUCAAACCUCUACAACACAACAGACUCCUUCUCUGGCUGGCCUCAGUAACCUAGAUCCAAAAUUCGAAGAGCUUAUUCGCCAGUUCGAGGAGGAGUUUGGGGACACCAUUUCCUCAGCUUCUGCAGCAGAGACCCCGGAGAAUGGCCCUGCUCUGCCAGCGGUGACCGAGUCACAACCAAACUCAGGACAAACCAGACCCGAGUCACCAUCCCCAAAGCAGCCAAAUAACUGCCCUCCUUUUCCCACAAAUAAUUCUGAGCCCAUGGAUGAAGGUCAAAAGGACGUGGCUGAAAGACUGAACGAAAAAACGCCAUGGCCAUCCGAGGAUCUUUGUACUAUCAAACAGGAAAGUGAGGAAUGUGAGGUAGAUGUGAAACCUCCUGGGCAGCCUCUGUCUGUAGCUCAAGAUGCAUUUCUGGAGCAACAGCACCCCUUCGUCACACCUUUCUCGCCUCCGGCCAAACGUGUAAAGAUUGAGUCAUCUGGUGGCGUGACGGUGCUCUCCACAACUGCAUGUUUGUCUGCAGACAGAGAGAGGGCAGAUCUGAGUACUCCCACCAAGGAUAUCUUUCCCUCCUCCCCUUCACUUAAAGGUUUUCUGGAGUCACCAUUGCGCUACUUGGACACUCCCACCAAGAACCUGCUGCAUACACCUGGAAAAGAUACCCAACCUGAUUUUCCCACCUGUGACUGCGUAGAUCAAGUCCUAGAAAAGGACGAGGGUCCGUAUUACAAUCAUUUGGGAUCUGGGAGAGACAUUGCAUCGGUCAGACAAUUGAUGGAAGAGAGGUAUGGGGAGAAAGGCGAAGCCAUUCGUAUUGAGAGGGUGGUUUACACAGGGAAAGAAGGAAAGAGCACUCAGGGAUGUCCUAUCGCUAAGUGGGUGAUUCGUCGCGGCAGUGAGAAGGAGAAACUGUUAUGCGUCGUGAAGCAACGACCUGGGCACCACUGUGCCAAUACUGUUAUUGUUGUUGUCAUCCUGUGCUGGGAAGGUGUGCCCCGUGCUAUGGGAGAUAAACUCUACAAAGAAGUAACAGAAACCCUCAUCAAAUUCGGCAACUCCACCAGCCGUCGCUGUGGACUCAACGACGAUCGAACCUGUGCAUGCCAAGGGAAGGACCCAGAAACCUGUGGAGCUUCCUUCUCUUUUGGCUGCUCCUGGAGCAUGUACUUCAAUGGAUGCAAGAACGCUCGAAGUAAAACCCCUCGCAAAUUUAGACUGCAAGGAGAGCACCCCGAAGAGGAGGACAAUCUCAGGGAUAACUUCCAAAACUUGGCCACACAUGUGGCCCCUGUGUAUAAGAGACUGGCUCCCCAGGCCUACAGUAACCAGUGUUUAAAUGAGAAGAUCGCUUCAGAUUGUCGGUUGGGUUUGAAGGAAGGACGGCCAUUUUCAGGAGUCACUGCAUGCAUGGAUUUCUGUGCCCAUGCUCACAAAGACCAGCAUAACCUCCACAAUGGCUGCACUGUGGUAUGCACUCUUACGAAAGAGGACAAUCGCAGGGUGGGCACAAUCCCAGAAGAUGAGCAGCUGCAUGUGCUUCCGCUCUACAAGAUCUCUCCAACCGAUGAAUUCGGAAGCGAGGAGAACCAGCGUCUCAAAAUGCAGACAGGAGCCAUCCAGGUGCUCACUAACUUCCGUCGACAGGUUCGAAAACUUCCAGAACCCGCUAAAUCAUGCCGGCAGCGUCGGUUGGAGGCCAAAAAGGCUGCGUCGGAGAAGAAGAACAAAAAAUUGCAACUUACAGAAACCCCAGAGAAGACAAUUAAGAUGGAGAUGAACCACAUGGAGUCACCCCACCCUCAGCAAGGCAAUAAAGCUAUUCCAAAACAGGAGGUGAAACCAACCAUCAAAAAAGAGCCUGUCGACCGCUUCCAGCCCUUCAAUGGAGCCAUACGUGGCUACCCAGCACUAGGGAACGGCAAGACACCCUCUGAUCCCCACAGCAUGAACAGUUCGUUCUCAUACCCUGGAAACUAUGCAAGAGGUCGCAUCCCUACCAACGGCCAACCUCCUGCGCAGAGCCCCAUCAAUGGCUUUCACCACAACCUCCAAGAAUUACGCUAUGGUUAUUACAACUACCCUCCCAGUGCACUUUUACCUCCUGAGCUCUUGGGAUAUGAUAAUGGAGCCUGGCCCAAAGCUGGAGAAGCCUCUGCCGCACCAUUUGACCAGAAGCCAGAUGUUCAGUCACUCCAAGCCAAGCUGGCACAGGCCUAUCCCAGCCGCCCACAGCAACAAAUGGCUGAUGCAUCCAUUCAAGGGUUCCCACACCCUUCCGAGGUUUCCCAGUCUCCUGUUCCACCCAGUCGUACUCCAUCCCUGGAGCAGACGCACCGCUCUACGCCCAUCAUCAAGCAGGAGCCCAUGGAUGUGCCGCUGUAUGAUGGCAGAUUGGAUGGACAAGCUCAAAGCUGCCCCUCCACUCCCAGUACCACACCGAAACCCGAAGGCUGGCCUGGGCACAAACCAAAUGGUAGCCUUAUCCCUAAAGGCUGGGAUGGAAAUAUCAGACCAGGUCCGACCAAUUCACCUUUCACUCCGGACAAGCAGAGGCUCCACCAGCAACACGAACACCCUCAGUAUCUUCAGCAGCAACAAUGGAAUUCCUAUUCCUGCCCUAACACUCCAAUGCCCUCCCAUUCCCCGUCUCCGUCUCCGUCCCCGUCCCUGAAAGCAGGUCCAUCGCCUGCACCUUCACACCCAUCCACCCCAAGACAGUGGGGUAGCCCUGCACCUAGUCCCCAACCUAAAGCAUGGGGUCCUUACGGACCCAUAGGUUACGGCAAUGGUGGCAUAAGGCAAGGCAGUCCGGCUGGUGCUUUCCCUGAUAAAAUGCUCUCCCAAGCAGGUGAGAAUUGUGGCUCUGCUCCUUUGGGACUCCAGGAGAAAGCCUGGAAAUCUGUUGGCGGCUCGGCGGCAGGGAACACGCCGUCUCCAGCUCCAGAGGGACGCUUGUUUCCAGACGCUCUGCAAAAGUCAGAUAAUCAGGCGUGCUGGGACAGCGAGGCAGAGACCCAGAGCGAACGUGACCCUGAGGAGGAAGACGUGUGGUCAGACAGCGAACACAACUUCUUGGAUCCCAACAUCGGUGGAGUGGCAGUGGCCCCCGCUCAUGGCUCGAUCCUGAUUGAAUGUGCCCGGCGGGAGCUUCAUGCCACCACGCCGCUCAAAAGGCCUGACCGCUCGCACCCGAGUCGCAUAUCCCUGGUCUUCUACCAGCACAAGAACCUCAACCAGCCCUGCCACGGCCUGGCUUUGUGGGAGUCCAAGAUGAAACUCCUAGCCGAGCGUGCGCGACAGCGGCAACAAGAAGCAGCUCUUUUGGGUCUCUCACAGGAAGACAUUAAGGCCUAUGGGAAAAAACGCAAGUGGGCGGCUGGAUCGGCGAGCCCCUCCCCUGGGCAAACCAAGGACAGACGAGAGGGUGUGGUGACACGGAUGGCACCCACACAGCAUACCACCACCAUGGUCACAGUUUCACCAUACCCAUCCACACAACUCACCGGUCCUUACAGUCGAUUUGUGUGAACUCUUGCAGACUGUCGCCCCCUGGAGCCAGAGAUGGGAAUAGAAAUGAUAAAGAUGAUUAAUCUGACUCCUUUACCAUUUGCUUUCCCUCUUCUAGCUCCAACAGCUCUCUCAGGCCACCAGAAGGGAGGGAGAAUAGAGGAUGGGGCACUUUUUUCACUUUUUUUUUUCUUUUACCUCAAAUUUUGGCAGCAGUUUGGGCACUCCCCAAACGGACAUGCUGUCUAUGGUGCUCUUGCUCUCUCCAACGUGGGAGGGAUUUCCAUAGCUACCCCUCCUUAAGUGAAUUUAAUGAUCCUAAUUAUUAUUGCUCUAUUAUCAAUAUUAUUACAAUUGCUAUUGUUACUGUCAACGUUGAUAUUACAGGUAUUGUUAUUAUUAUAUUAUGAAGAUGGCUAUUUUUUAUUUUAAUGUUAUUGGUUUUUCAUCAUUGUUAUUAAUAUUAUGAUUUUUUAAUUUUUUUGCCCUCUUUCGUCUAAGAGGAACCUUCUUUCUUCAUUCUCGCUUGUUCAUUAUGAACAUGAGAACAAGCUAAUCAGCAUUUUUUUUUCGCGCUUUUUGCCUCCCACCCCCACCAGCCUCUCUAUAUUAUUGAAGCGCCUUCACGUCAUCGCAAGUCACAUUUCUGUGACCGCGUUAUGGCAUCUUUGCGCUAGUCACUGAACAUGUGGCCAAGAAAGAGAGGACCAGACACCAGCUCGGGCCUUUCUGUUUGGUGCCACUCUGAUGAAAUCUGUAAAGUUUCUCAUCCCUUCAAAUGGUGCUUCUUUUCUGUCUCAAGUGUCUCUAAUUUUGCCCUCACAAUACGGAGGCAGGUGCUGGACCUGGGUGCUUUUUAGCAGCAGAUGUCAGUCAUAUAUAUACAGUCCCGGUAAUUGGUUCUGCCAUCCACCGUGAUUCCACCUGAUUGGUGCUGACUCAUUUGCCUGCAGUUUCAUUGGCCAUUCUUCACUACUCAUGUGGCAUUUUUUAGACUAAGGUGCUGAUAGUGCUAGCAAAAAUCCACCUUAAUCGAACCGCCCUAAAGAGCUGCAGAUAACCCACCGAGGGUCUUAAGCAUACGAUUUCCACGAUCCAGACUCAGCUCAAACAGGGAAAUCCGAAAUCUUCUGCUUCAAAUUUUGCAAUCUAUUAACCCUAGAUGUGUUUAGAUUGACUGUAAAGUAGAGACUUGCACUGCAAAAAAAAAAUCUUUGUCUUGUUUUCUAAACGCAUGACAAGUAAAAUGACGAGAUAUCAUUUCCUAAGAUCGGAAUUUUGUUAACUUUUGCCUAAACAGGUAAAAAUAUCUCCUAACGGGUCAAGAAAUAAGCCUUUGAAUUAAGAUAAGCUUUCUUACCCCGUUAGCAGGUAUUUUUGUGUGCUUCAAGCAAACGCUUAAUAUCUUGAGUCCUUUUACUGGUCAAGUGAAUGCAUCUUAGAUGUUCAUAUUAGAAAACAACAAAAAUACUUAGUAAAAACUCUUUUUUUGCAGUGUGCGGCUGCAGUAGGUAAGAAAUUAUUAUCAUUAUUUUUAAAUGACUUGCUGCAAAAUUUUCAUCACGGAUGAGUACCUAAUAGAUGUGUAACAUCACCGUAUCUGGUUGAUUUUUAGACACAGCAUAACUGGUCCCCUUGUUUUUCUGUAAAACGACUGGCCCUGUGUAAACUGAACACGUCUUCCAUGUCCUGAUAUAUCUGUGGUUACCCAUUCGUGAUGGUGAUGGUUUUAUUGGGAUAUUUUCUUACCCGCUGCUGGUCACACCCACCAGCCUAACAGACAGAGCACAUUUCUUGGAGUUGGUGCUACUAUGAGCCUUUACUCUCCUGUAAAGUCGCCCCUCUCGUUACAAGCAGCCCUCCUCUCUCUUUUUGCCCAGAGCGAUCACCUAUACCUGGAGUUCAUGGUGCUUACUGGCAAUGCAUACGGUUUCAGCUCAGCAGUUCGUGCAAAUGCAUGCAUAACUACAUACUGCACGUGUGUGUGUGUGUGUGUGUGUGUGUGUGUAUGGCUUUCUGAACUGGUCAGAAUGUAUGCGGAUGCCUGUCUGUGAGCUGCAGGGCUGCUGCUGGUUUACACAGGGCUGUGAGAUGCUUGACGCUCGGAGAGGAGAUCCUGGUGCUCAUGAAGUGGUCCUAAAGCUCUUUACCUCAUGUUGUACAGACACUGGUCCCAGUCACAACAUGCUACAAACACACACGGGCGCUACAGACUGCAGGCUUGCUGCCUACAUCCACAUUCGUACCUACUUUUUUAUUCUUAUUUAUUAUGCGAUAAUGAUGAUGAUUAUUGUUAUUGUGAUUUGUUGUCAUUUUAUUUUUAUGAUGAUUUCUUUUGUUCGUUUGUUCGUUCAUUUUAGAGAAAUUGUAAAUAUCGAAGAGAGGAUUUUAUAAAAGCACUUUUAAUCUUGAUUUUAAUGAGAAAAAAAAAAUAAGAACGGAUUAUUGACAACUUGAAACCUAGUUUUUGUUUUAAUGGAAUUUUAUUGGGAGGGAUAGAAAUGUAAAUAGUUAAAUAUUUAGGUAAGAUUAUUUAACUGGUGAGGGAUGAUGGCCUAAUCAUGAAUGAUUCCUGAAUUUUUAGUCUUCAGUUGUCUGUAUGUCAAGCCGUCAACAACGGGCCGAUGUUUUGUCGGUCUUCUCAAGAUACUGCUGUCCUUCUUUUCGUGAGUACUGUACUUACACCGAUACCUCUGUAUAAUCAUCGUCACCGGCUUCCUCCCCCGCAUCUACAGACCAGAAACGAACAGAGAACAAAGAAACCAACGUGAACGUGACACGGUUCGCACGGAUUCAGGACUCGCUUUUUCUUUUUCCGAACGGAGUGAAAGCAUCACUUUUUAAAAAUUGGCCGCAGAAGCGAAAAGAGCGACAGCUUUCGGUUCGAAACUCUCGGUAGAUCAUGUAAAGCUUAUUAUUGUUAUUAUCAUUAUUGUUUAUUUGAUUAAAUAUGGUGCGGGGCGAGUCUCGCCGAGCUCCGAGUCUGCACUGACAUUAUAUAUAUAAUCAAGAUCGUCACUUGUUCUUGGAGACGCGAGACGUAACCCUGAAGUUGAAAAAGCUGAGUUUUCGAGCAGUUUCAUUCACCUAAAUGGCUUUUGUACCGUGGUGCUACCCAUAGAGUUCACUGUGGAAAAGACUGUUGCUACAGUUCUUCGGGCUCUUAAAUUGAUAUGUGAACUCGUUUCGAGAGGAAACCUAUAUGGUGCUGAUCAUUUUUAAAUCUUUUUACGCAGUUAUUUCUGAAACGACAUUUCUGAUGAUCGCCAUUUAAAAUAAGCACUCCGUCUGAUCCAGUUUCCCUUUUUAGCCAUCACCCUAAAUAAUAGAAAUGGUACUUGAACAGCAUGAUGGCCGGUAGAGGAACAGGUACUCUCAUGCUUUUGAUGUGAAUAGACUGUUAAUUUAAUAUUCUGGUGCUACCCAGAGAACCAUUUUUACCCCCUCCAGAUAUUUUAUACAUUUUGUCAUUUUAUGGAAUAUACUCAUUUUUUUUGUUGUUUUACUCACGUCUACCUUCGGCCACGGCGUCACACACACACACACACACACACACAGACGCAACACUCUCACACACACACACACACACACACUACUCUACCCCUCUCUCAGCACUCACUGUUAAGAGUAUCAGUCAUGCCCAGUUUGAAACAUCGAAACGACAAAACAUCUAAAGAGGAAAAAAAAAAAAAAGAGAAAGAAAAAAAACUGGCAGCUACAUUCCUUUAUGAGUUAAAGAUUGUUCUUGGUUCUAUUUUUCAUGUUGAGUAUGCAGUAUGUAAAAAGUGUUAUCUUUUGUUUGGUCUCUCUCCUUGUAGCUGUAUGGUGUAUUAUGUGAAUACAUAGUGUAUGUGGUAACAGCCACAAUACUGUUUUAUGUUCUAAACUAAGAAAAAAAUAAUAAAAAAAAAAAUCAAGAAA